AUGAACGCUUGUUUUACUUGUGAGGAAUCUGGACAUUUGGCGAGGAGUUACGCAAAAGGACUUUCUCGAAAUCCAGUACGAACCCAGCAACAAGGCCAAGUGUUUGCUAUGACUACUAAUGAUGCUAUGCAAUCAGACGCCCUAAUCCAAGGUCAGUGUUAUGUCAAAAAUCGAUUUCUAACUGUACUGUAUGACUCGGGUGCAUCGCAUUCCUUUAUUUCUUCAACUGUUGCUCGUGAGUUGGGACUAGAUUUUUCUGAGUUGAACUUUGAUCUAAUUGUCCAUACACCUGCAUCCCAAAAUGUUUUGACUAGUUUAGUGUGCCUGCAAAGAACUUCUGUUAUUCCAUCUGAUAGUUUAGAUAUUAAACCAUUUCUGUCUCAUACUUCCGUAAGAGUUACCUUAGACGGGAGUGAUUACGACAUACCUGAGUUUCCUCCUCAGCGAGAGAUAGACUUUUGCAUUAAACUAGUACCUGGGACCAGACCGAUUUCCAUAGCACCAUACCGGAUCUCACCACUAGAACUUGUGGAAUCAAAGAAGCAGUUGGAUGAGCUAUUUGGAAAGAAAUUUAUUCGUCCCAGUGCAUCACCUUGGAGAGCUCCAGUAUUGCUAGUAAAGAAGAAGGAUGGUGGAAUGAGACUUUGCGUAGAUUAUCGACAGUUAAAUAAAGUCACUAUCAAGAACAAGUAUCCACUUCCACGGAUAGAUGAUUUGUCAAUUGAAAGGUGCAACUGUGUUCUCAAAGAUUGA